GCAUCAACAUCCUGCUCCUCAACCCCAACUCCUCUCUCGCCAUGACCAAGACCAUGGAAUCAGCCGCCAACACAAUAGCAGCUCUCAACCCAUCUAUAUCCAUCCGCACAUACACAGCCCCCGAGCAAGCUCCAGCGAGCAUCGACAACGAUGAGGGCAUAAAAGCCAGUGUUGAAGCCGUCACCAACGACUCGGGGCUCAUGUCUUGUCUUCGCUCCACGCCAUUCGAUGCUGUGCUCGUUGCGUGCUUCAGUGUUCAUCCCCUGGUCAAGCAAUUGGCAUAUUCCUUGAAGCCUGUUCCCGUAACUGGCAUUUUCGAAGCCAGUAUCCUGACUGGAUUGUCUCUCGUACCUACGGCUGAAGCUGACGGCGUGCACGAACAGCUGAAAUGGGGCAUUGUAACCACUGGGGCAUUCUGGGAGACACAUCUUGCCAGUGGCGUGGCCGCCUUUCUAGGCUCUUCCUCAUCGCCUUCAAGCUUCAGUGACCCCAGAUUCGCCGGCGUGUUUUCCACAGGCCUUAAUGCAGGGGACUUCCACACCAUCUCGCAAGAUCAAAUCAACGUGCGUCUCAGAGAGGCAACCAAGCGGCUGCUCUCGUCUGGAAACAUCACCUGUGUCGUCAUGGGCUGUGGUGGCAUGGGGGGCCUGCAAGACAUGAUUCGUGCCAUCAUCAUCGAGGAAUACGGCCAGGAGAGGGCCAAAGACGUAUGCAUAGUGGAUGGAGUGCAAGCUGCUGUGCUACAGCUGCAACAAACGGUGCUGAGCCGGCGAGUCUUUGGCGUCGUCGAAUAGAACGGAUGGCCCCUGGUAUCAAAUGUUAUUCUCGCGGUUAUACCCCUCGCUCUUCAUAUAACCGUGUGCUCUCUAAUGUCUCUAUAUCAAUGUUGCGGUGUGGAAGGGUCUCUUGAAAUAUCAACGUACAUGACGAUGCUUGGCUAGCCGGCGGUUUGCGUGUACAACCUCUCAUGCAAGCAUACCUGAUAUGCAUCUACAUCGUUUACCGCCC